GUGUAAACACAAGUCCAGGAACAUGAAAAGAUCGGGUGACAGUGAGGGGGAGAAGAGAAGAAAGCGGCGGAAGCUACUGCAGGAGUUGGGAGACCAGAAGAUCCCCUUUCUGGGACCUUCAGAUCGGGGCUAUCAGCAACUGUGGGACUCCAGUUACUCCGGCCUGGUUCUGAGGAGAUCCUGCUCACUGCCUGCGGAGCUCCAUGGCCGGGUGCAGGCAGCUCUGCUCACCCUCAGAAGGAAGGGCUGCCUCUUGAGGGAUUUGGUUCGCGUCCGUGACCGAGAUGUUUUCACCGCCGUUUCGCGGGCUCUGCUGGGUGAGCCGGGCCACACCUACCGCUAUCUGGAUACACGGCUCUUUGCUAUCCCCUGGCACAGUGAGGACGUUGAGGUCAAGGGACAAAACUGUUGUGACACUGACUUGAGGGCUGCUUGCAAGGCAUUGUGUGAGCUUAACACCUUCUUCUGCUCCGAUGUGUCUCAGCUGAAGGAAGGAGACAGACUAACACAAUGUGUGAAGGGGGAGACAGAGGCCAAACAGGGUGAAGAAGGGGACACAGGAUCUAAACACAGUGAAGACUCCAAGAACAGUGAAGGAGGGGACUCUGAGUCCCGACAAAGUGAGGAAGGGGACACGGAGUCCAAGCACAGUGAGGAGUGGGACAUUGAGUCGAAACACAGUGAAGAAGGCUGUUCUGGGUCAAAACAAGAAGGAGAAUGGGAGACUGGGUCCAAACACAGCAGUGAGGAAGGAGAGUCCUCCCAGGUCAAACCCAGUGAAAUGGGUGUCGCAGCAGGGUCCGAGCACAGUGAAGGAAAAUAUCCUGGCUGGGCACCUAAGGCCGUCACAAGCACAGAGACUAAACCAGUGGGACUAGGGGCCCAAGAGAAACCUUUGGCCCAACUCAAGCACAGCUUGUCAGAUUACCACAUUGAGGACAGGGAGGAACAGGCAAGCGGGCAGGGCUGUUCUCAGCCAAGUCCUCCGCCGGUAUGCACCGGUCCGGUCAAGUUCAAUGUCACCUUACUCAACUACAUGGACCCGGCAGCUAUGAGCCAGCUCAAAGAGGAGCCUUACUAUGGCAUGGGGAAAAUGGCGGUAGGGUGGCACCACGAUGAGAACCUCAUCACUCAUACGCCAGUAGCUGUUUACAGCUAUAGCUGUCACGAUGACAAAGGUGAGAGCAGUGAGGGAGGCAGUGGUGAGAAGGCAUGCUGGAGGAUUGGGCUCAAGGUAGCCUGGGACAUCCACACACCUGGCCUGAUGCUGCCACUGGAGUCUGGAGACUGCUAUUACAUGAGAGAUGACCUGAACAGUACCCACCAGCACUGUGUCCUAGCAGGAGAGACCGCACGCUUCAGCUCCACGCACAGAGUGGCCGAGUGUUCCAGUGGGACCCUGACCUACAUCCAGUCGCGGUGUCAAGAGGCCCUGUCCAACCUGCACACUGACCCAGAGACAGGCUCCCACAGCCUGCUGGCCCUGCUGCCGACAACGCUACAGAACUGUGAGGAGAUUCACAAUGAGGUGGAGUUCGAGUGGCUGCGACAGUACUGGUUUCAGGGCCAUCGCUACGCCCGCUUCUGCAGCUGGUGGACCAGACCGAUGGAGCAGCUGGAGAAGGACUGGAAGCUCAUGGAGACGAUGACAAUGCUCUUCCUGGAUACAGUGGAGAAGGAAGAGGAGGGCCAGGCAGGAGAGGGGAGGAGGGAGAUGGCAGAAACCCUGCUGUCUGCCUUGACAGACAGACACCAGCAAAGACAGACAUGGAGAGACAGGUCAAGAUGUCCUCUGUUCUUUUGCUUUGUUUAUGCAUUAUGAUUCACAGCAGCAAGG